AUGCAACCAGGGCAUGGCUCGUCACGGGGCUUCAGGAUUCGGGGUCUCCGUCAAGCCAGGAACCCUCCGGACCCUUGUGAAUUAGAAUGGACCACUUUUGACGUGAGAUGGCCCUCAGUGGGCUCUUUUGAUUUGAUCUUGAUUAGGAACGUCGAGGCUGUGAUCCUUGGGAGUCCCGGACACCCAGAUCAGAUUCCAUAUAUAGAGACGUGGCUGGAUAUCGCCAAGGCGAGACCCGGUUACAUUAAACGGGGUCAACAAAAACUCCCAGGAUCCACAUGCCCUUCUCUCCUUACGGUUAAAAAGGGAGAAGAACCCCGCGUCAGAUCGACCCUCACCCCAUCCACGAAACCCCGCAUCCUCACGGAUGAUCAGACAGGGCCGGAAGACGUCCUGGAAACAUGGACACAACCACCUCCCUAUGCCCCGAAUUCCCAGGCUUCCGGGAGCCCACCCCAUACUUCCCCCAGUCCGUCCCGAACGUGGAGUGGACUUCUGUACGGCCCCCGUCCAUCUGUCCCUCCGAAGUCUACUCUGCCCUUGCCAUCCUCUGGCCACGGGGACAGAUGGGUGUCGUCGGCCUCCCCCGAUCCCGGCCCUGAGCCCGCCACACUAUUGCCCCUCUGGGAGCUGGCCCCCGCCCAGGGGAUGGGCCGCCCGUUUAUGGUCUAUGUCCCUUUCUCCACAAGUGACCUGUAUAACUGGAAACUACAGAAUCCUCCUUUCUCUGAAAAACCACAAGGUUUAAUCUCGUUGUUAGAAACGAUCUUUCACACCCACCGCCCUACUUGGGACGACUGCCAGCAACUCUUGCAGGUUCUUUUUACUUCCGAGGAGCACGAUCGGAUUCACCUCAAGGCUCGGAAGUAGAUUUGUGGCACAGGUGGUCAACCCACCACUGACCCGGUUAUUCUGGAAACGAGCCUCCCAGCCCAACGACCCAACUGGGAUCCGAAUACGGUUGCUGGGGAAGGAGCCCUGACCCAGUACCGCCAACUUCUUCUCCAGGGCCUCCGCGGCGCAGCACGGAAACCUACUAAUUUGUCUAAAGUAAGUGAGAUAGUUCAGAGCCCCCGGGAAUCCCCCGCCACUUUCUUGGAACGCCUACUUGAGGCAUACAGGCAAUACACACCUAUAGACCCACGAGCGCCCGAAAACGCGUGGGCAACUAACAUAGCCUUUGUUACACAAUCGGCACCAGACAUUAGGAAAAAGAUUCAAAAGCUAGACGGGUUCGAAGGGAAAAACCUCAGUGAACUAGUUGAGAUAGCUCAGAAGGUUUUUAAUAAUCGUGAGGAUCCAGAAGUUGCAGGCACAAAGAAAUUGACCAGAGUCGUCUUGGCAACCAUGCAGGAAGCUAGCGAUGGGAAUCGAGGGGCUCCACGGAGGAAUGGGGGUCGCCCCCUCCUAGAAAAAGAUCAAUGCGCCUACUGCAAGGAGAGGGGCCACUGGAAAAGCGAGUGUCCCCGCAGGAAAAAAAUAAGCCAAAAAGAAAAGAGUGUCCUCACCCUUGAGGAAGACUGAAGGGGCCAGGGCUCUGUCAAUUUAGGCCCCCAAGAGCCCUUGGUAACCUUAACUGUGGGGGGCCGCCCAACUACCUUCCUGGUAGACACUGGGGCAGCCCACUCGGUUCUCCGGGAGGGGGUCGGCCGUCUAACUGAAGAAAAGACUCAGAUCAUAGGGGCAACGGGGCAACCCAAGGCGUACCCUUGGACUUCAGCUCGCGUAACUGAUCUGGGAAAAGGGACUUUAACUCAUUCCUUCUUGGUAAUCCCCGAAUGCCCCUUCCCCCUCCUGGGGCGAGACCUCCUAAGGAAACUGCGAGCCUCGGUGUUGUUGCAAGAGGACGGCACCCACCUCAGCCUAGGUUCUCCACAGCCUGCUGCCCUUCUGCUCACUGUACCCUUGCAAGACGAGUACCUCUUCUUCGAAAGUCAGGCACCAGAAAGCCCCUCUGAGGCUUUAAAAGAGCUCCAAAAAGAAAUUCCAGGAGUAUGGGCCGAAAAUAACCCUCCUGGUCUGGCGGCUCAUCAGCCACCCGUUGUGGUACAGGUCAGUAGCUCGGCUACCCCAUUCCGGAAACCCCAAUACCCCAUUCCAGCCAGGGCAAAGAUAGGAAUACGUAAGCAUAUACAGAGGCUGUUGGGAGCAGGAAUUUUAGUACCCUGCAGGUCGCCAUGGAACACCCCGCUGUUACCGGUCAGAAAGCCCGGCACCAAGGACUACCAGCCAGUUCAGGACUUACGUGAGGUAAACGCCCGGGUAGAGACUGUCCACCCAACUGUCCCAAACCCUUACACCCUACUCAGCCAGCUGCCACCGGACCGGGAAUGGUACUCAGUCUUGGACUUAAAAGACGCUUUCUUUUGCAUACCGCUGGCCCCGGUGAGCCAGCCUCUUUUUGCCUUUGAGUGGACGGAUCUGGACCAGGGAUUCUCGGGUCAACUUACGUGGACCAGGCUGCCGCAGGGGUUUAAGAACUCCCCUACCCUCUUUGAUGAAGCUCUGAGUAGAGACCUUUCCCCUUUCCGGGAAACCCAUUCCGAGGUUACCCUUUUGCAAUAUGUGGAUGACUUGCUCUUGGCGGCGGAGUCCGCGCCUGCAUGCCUGCAGGCGACUAGAGACCUCCUGGCCGCCCUGGGCUCCAUGGGAUAUCGGGUUUCAAUAAAGAAGGCACAGAUCUGUAGUCAGAGGGUGACCUAUUUGGGAUACGAUCUAAGCAGGGGAAAACGGACACUGUCAGCCAGCCGAGUCCGAGCAAUCCAGAAUAUUCCCACGCCUACGACUAAACGACAAGUCAGAGAAUUCCUGGGCAUGGUAGGGUACUGCCGGCUGUGGAUCCCCGGCUUUGCUGAGAUAGCGAAACCCCUCUACACCAGCACGGGAGGAAAAGGUGACUCCCCCAUGUGGACUGAGAUUGAGCAAUCGGCGUUUCAGGCUCUUAAAAAGGCUAUUACCACGGCCCCCGCUCUAGCCCUACCCGACCAAGAACCCUUCGAACUCUUUGUGGCUGAGGCUCGAGGUAUAGCAAAAGGAGUUUUACCCCAGACUUUGGGCCCAUGGAGACGGCCGGUUGCAUAUUUGUCGAAACUACUAGACCCAGUGGCAGCGGGGUGGCCCACUUGCAUGAGAGCAAUUGCCGCGACAGCGGUCUUGGUGAAAGAGACCAAGAAACUGACACUGGGCCAGGACCUCCAAGUCAUUGGGGCGCACGCCGUGGAAACCUUCCUCCACAGUCCACUGGAUCGAUGGAUCUCCAACGCCUGAGUGACUCAAUACCAGGUACUUUUAUUGGACCCCCCGCGGGUCACUUUUUCCAGGGCAGCGGUCCUUAAUCCGGCGACCCUACUGCCAGAUGAUCAACAUGGGAGUCCCACACAUGAUUGUGCUGAGGUCCUCGACACCCUGACCGGCACCAGACCAGACCUAACGGACGUCCCGCUAGGGCAGCCAGCCCUCAAUUUGUUUACAGACGGGAGCAGUUUCGUCAAGGACGGGAUUCGCUUUGCGGGAGCAGCGGUGGACACCAGUUCUGAGGUAAUAUGGGCACAGGCUCUAGGGCAUGGCACGUCAGCGCAAAAAGCAGAACUUGUUGCCCUGACACAGGCACUCCGGUGGGGGAAGGGAAAAGCCCUCAACAUUUAUACGGACAGCCGAUACGCUUUCGCCACGGCUCAUGUCUAUGGAGCAUUGUAUAAGGAACGAGGGCUGCUAACCUCGGGAGGAAAGGACAUUAAGAAUGCAAACGAAAUUAUGUCUCUCUUAGAAGCCCUCUGGCUGCCUGAACGAAUAGCUAUAAUUCAUUGCCCUGGGCAUCAACGAGACGGCUCGGCGGUCUAGGAGGGAAAUAACUUCGCUGAUAGAACCGCAAAGGAAGCUGCCCUAAAACCAGUAGGGCCCCUCAAGAUUCUCCCGGUUCAGAUGCCGCCCCGGGCCCUCCCAGACCGACCGACCUACUCGAAGGAGGAUAUCGAGCGGGGCAGGGAGUUGCGGUGCUCUGAGACUGAGACGGGAUGGCUGAAGCACCCCAAUGGAAGAAUCUUUCUCCCCCAAGCACUGGGACGAGAUCUUCUUCUACAGACCCAUCAAGCCACAUACUUGGGGACGGCCCGACUCUGUCAGCUGUUUAGACCUCAUUUCUACCUUCCCGGACUUUCAGCUCUGGCCGAUUCCAUAACCUCCGGGUGCGCCUCCUGCGCGCGAGUUAACACUGGCCCCAGCCGGCCCUCCACGGCCCCGGGUGUCCGCCAUCGCGGAUCCCAGCCGGGAGAACACUGGGAAAUAGACUUCACUGAGGUAAAACCCACCCGAGGUAUGUAUUGCUAUUUACUGGUCUCCAUCGACACCCAUUCCGGGUGGGUGGAAGUGUUCCCUACGAAGGGAGAGACAGCCCUGAUUGUUGCCCGGACUCUCCUGCAUCAAAUUCUACCCAGAUUCAGCGUACCCCUUGCUCUAGGGUCAGAUAAUGGUCCAGCGUUCAUCACCCAAACUUCCAAAUUGGUAGCCAAAGCCCUGGGGAUUGAUUGGAAACUGCAUUGUGUGUAUAGACCGCAGAGCUCAGGACAGGUAGAGAGGAUGAAUAGAACGCUAAAGGAAACCUUAACAAAAUACACUCUUGAAGUUGGCGGCCCCUGGACGGACCUCCUUCCGUUUGCCCUCCUAUGCACGCGAUGCUCCCCCUACAAGAACGGUUUCACCCCCUUCGAAAUUGUGUUCGGGCAAGCGCCUCCCCUGCUACCCCACCUGGCGGAGGAGAUGCACUUCCGCAUAGAUCUCUGCCAACUCCUUCCGCCCGGGUGGGCCAAGCCAGGCAUCUGGGGUUUUGGAUGCGGAACGGAUAACUUGGAAAAGGGACUGUCGGGGAAGCAAUAUUAUGGCUGUCCAUUGGAUGGGAGCCCUGAUUGCGGUGACGCGCCCAACUUCUACUGCGCCCGAUGGGGUUGCGAGACUUUCGCUACCUGCUUGGAAGGCCAAAAUAAAGAUCCAUGGCUCGCAGUGAAAAGGGUACAGGCCGCUCAGGCGGGGACCGGCAGACAUAACCCCCUGAGCCUCAAGAUUAAGCGAGGCAGAGAAGAUUCUUGGGUAAAAGGUAAAACCUGGAGCCUGCGCUUGAAUCUGUAUGGUCCUGAUCCGGGCAUACUUCUCACAAUCCAGAGACGGGUUAUCUCACAACCCUGGGGCCCGGUAGGACCCAACCAGGCCCUCCCUCACCCUCAGGUAGAGGCCCCCACCCCCACACACCACAUCCCUGACCCUCGCACACAUCGUGCUCCAGCCCGGGCUGCUAGUCGACCGUCAUCCAGCUGCUCAGUUGCAUUAGUGUCCGCAGUUUUUAAAGUCCUCAACGGAACCAACCCAAACAUUACCGAGACAUGUUGGUUAUGCCUUAGUCCACAGCCACCUUUUUAUAAUGGAGUAGGAGUGAAUGUCUCUUUUUCCAACUUUGCUAAUAUCUCCUACUCGGAAAAUUAUGGGAGCGCCUGCCCGUGGGGCCUCCACCCCUCUAUAACAUUAGAAGAGUUCUCAGGCCAAGGGACCUGUGUCACGGGCCCCGGUGGACCCCGCAAGGAUCCACGAUCUGGGCUGGGCAUCGCAGGCUCUGCGGCUGUCGGUGCUGGAGCCUUGAUAAAAGGCAGCCAGGACAUAUUCCGCCUCUCUGAACAAGUCGAUAAUGACUUGCGAGAGCUUCACGGCUCCAUCAAAUUUUUGGAGGACUCCCUUGACUCCCUCGCCGAAGUGGCCCUCCAAAACAGGAGGGGAUUAGAUUUACUUUUGCUAAAGCAAGGUGGCUUAUGCGCUGCCUUGGAUGAGAAAUGCUGCUUCUAUGCAAAUCACUCAGGCAUCAUCCGUAACAGCCUAGACUUAGUCAAGGAUCCUGGAGAGUCAAGCAUAACAGUCCCCCCAGAUGUGUCGUACUGGAGCACUGUUGCUACCAAUGCUGCUGCCAUUCGAGCAGAGAGCUGUGGGCUGGUUAAACUUGGUACUGACAAUAAUAAGUGCAGCACAAUUGAUGUGGGGCAAAUAGUACAAGGAAAUAAGUCGUUCCGAGUUAACGACCGUAAUUGCUGGAAGCUAAAUGGAGGAGCUGAAUGGGUGCCUAGACUCCAGUAG